CUGAGGCGGCCCCCAUGCUGCUCCCGCUGGCGCUCCCCGAGUUCCCCUGAGGGCGAUGGAGGGGACCCCCUCGAACGGCUCCAACGCCUCGACGAACGCCUCCCUCGACGGAAACCAGUUCGUGCAGCCGGGCUGGCAGGUCGCGCUCUGGGCGGUGGCGUACGCGCUGAUCGUGCUGGUCUCGGUGGUGGGGAACCUGGUGGUGAUGUGGAUCAUCCUGGCGCACAAGCGGAUGCGCACCGUCACCAACUAUUUCCUGGUCAACCUGGCCUUCGCCGAAGCCUCCAUGGCUGCCUUCAACACCUUGGUCAAUUUCACCUACGCCGUCCACGGCGUCUGGUACUACGGCCUCUUCUACUGCCGUUUCCAGAACUUCUUCCCCGUCGCCGCCGUCUUCUCCAGCAUCUACUCCAUGACGGCCAUCGCCGUGGACAGGUAUAUGGCCAUUAUCCGCCCGCUGCAACCAAGGCUAUCGGCCUCAGCCACCAAGGUCGUCAUCUGUGUCAUCUGGUUACUGGCUUUAUUGCUGUCAUUCCCACAAGGCUACUACGCAGCAACAGCCGAGCUCCCUGGCCGAGUGGUGUGUCUGGUGGAUUGGCCAGAAAAUACAACUCAGACCUAUCAAAUAACGUACCACUUUUGUGUGACGGUGCUAAGCUACGUCCUGCCACUCCUAGUGAUAGGCUACGCCUAUACCAUGGUCGGUAUUACACUGUGGGCCAGUGAGAUCCCAGGGGACACUUCGGACCGCUACCAGGAGCAGGUGUCUGCCAAGCGCAAGGUUGUCAAGAUGAUGAUCAUUGUGGUGUGCACCUUUGCCAUCUGCUGGCUGCCUUUCCACAUCUACUUCCUCCUCCAGCAUUUCAAGGCAGAAUGGUACCAGCAAAAGUACAUCCAGCAGGUCUACUUAGCUAUCUUGUGGCUGGCCAUGAGCUCCACCAUGUACAACCCUAUUAUAUACUGCUGCCUCAAUGACAGGUUCCGGAUAGGCUUCAAGCAUGCCUUCCGGUGGUGCCCUUUCAUCAGAGCCAGCAAAUACGAAGGGCUGGAGAUGAAGUCAGCCAGGUACCUCCAGACACAGAGCAGCAUGUACAAGGUCAGCCGGAUGGAAACGACGGUCUCCUCCAUCGCUGGCAACCCAGAGGAGGAGCUUGAUGCCAGCAGCAAAACCAAGCGCCUCUCUGUGGAUCUGACCUCCAACGGCUCCUCCCGUAGUGACUCCAAAACCGUGUCGGAGAGUUUGAGCUACUAUUCCAACACGCUUCCUCCCUAAGCAACCUGAACCUCCCUGCAACGCAUCUCCAUCAAAAGUGUGGCUCAGUUUCCAAUCUCCCUAACGAAGGAGCUCUUCCUCAUUUGUAACAAGUCACCUCUUUCCUCUCUGACUUUGUCCCUGAAUGGAGUUUUCCUUCUUUGUGUAGCCUCUGCUGUGAUGCCCUGUUGGAUGUUCAGACGAUCUAUAUAUCAGAAUGGAUUCUCAUUUUGGGGCCCGCAUUGCGAUAGGUUCAUUAGCCAAUUCUCAGGCUGUGCUGGCUAACAGCCAAGCACCUUCCGCUUGACUUUGUUUUUCCAUCCCCAAAUCUCACCUUCUCUUCCCACAACAUGCUCAGGUCUUCUUGGUGUCUCUCCCUUCCAGCCUCCAUACAUAGAACCAUAAGAUCAUGGAACUGUGGAGUUGGAAGGGAGACCACAUGUCGCUGCUAUUGCGAAGAGUGGAGGGGACUGAAAAGCUCCUUGAAGGAAAAAGGAGGAGCGAAAAUGUCAUGUUUGUAGUAUGUGUACCAUUUUGGAAAAGUUGAAUUUCAAAAAAACAAGUUUUAAGAA